CUAUAUUCUUACACAAAACUUCAAAAGUCUUUUUUUUACCUCAUUCUUCCAAGGAAAAUAGUGGACGCCCAGCGACAGGGGUAUAAUUGUUGUAAGAAGAAAAGGAAGUGUUGGUGCGCCGUGUCUGGCGGAAACACAAAAACGUGGUUUUUACUACUCACAAAGGCUCACUGACGACUGAGUUGAGGAGUGAUGGCGAGGAUACCCAUAGGGUGCGAGCCGGUGGUGGGAUCGUUAACGCCGUCAAAGAAAAAAGAGUACAGAGUCACUAACAGACUCCAAGAAGGCAAACGUCCGUUAUACGCCGUCGUCUUCAACUUCAUCGACUCUCGCUACUUCAAUGUCUUUGCUACCGUCGGCGGAAAUAGAGUGACUGUUUACCAAUGUCUGGAAGGUGGUGUUAUUGCUGUGCUGCAGUCUUAUAUUGAUGAAGAUAAAGAUGAAUCCUUUUACACUGUAAGUUGGGCUUGCAAUAUUGAUGGGAGUCCAUUCAUAGUGGCUGGAGGAAUAAAUGGAAUUCUCCGUGUUAUUGAUGCUGGCAAUGAGAAGAUACACAAGAGCUUUGUGGGACAUGGAGACUCAAUAAAUGAAAUUAGGACUCAAGUCCUGAAACCAUCUCUUGUAGUAUCUGCCAGCAAAGAUGAAUCUGUUCGCUUGUGGAAUGUUCAUACUGGAAUAUGCAUUUUGAUAUUUGCUGGUGCUGGGGGUCACCGGAAUGAAGUACUCAGUGUGGACUUCCAUCCUUCUGACAUAUAUCGUAUUGCUAGCUGUGGAAUGGAUAAUACUGUUAAGAUCUGGUCAAUGAAAGAGUUCUGGACAUAUGUGGAGAAAUCGUUUACUUGGACUGAUCUUCCUUCCAAGUUUCCCACAAAAUAUGUACAGUUUCCAAUAUUCAUCGCAUCAGUUCAUUCCAACUAUGUUGACUGUACCAGAUGGCUUGGUGAUUUUAUCUUGUCCAAGAGUGUUGACAAUGAAAUUGUAUUAUGGGAACCAAAGAUGAAAGAACAGUCUCCUGGAGAGGGCACAGUUGACAUCCUUCAAAAGUAUCCUGUCCCAGAGUGUGAUAUUUGGUUCAUCAAGUUUUCAUGUGAUUUCCACUACAAAGCAGCAGCUAUAGGGAAUAGGGAAGGCAAGAUCUUUGUCUGGGAACUACAAACCAGUCCACCAGCUAUGAUUGCAAGGUUAUCUCAUGUUCAAUCUAAAUCUCCAAUUAGACAGACUGCCAUGUCUUUUGAUGGGAGCACCAUACUUAGCUGCUGUGAAGAUGGGACUAUAUGGCGCUGGGAUGUGGUAGCAACUUCUUGAGCUUUUCAUUAGGGGUUUGAGCAGGACAUCUGUCUUAAUGUUUGAAUUCACAGCAGCUGCCAAAGACAAUCGACAGUGACGGGAGACUUUUAUUGAAUAUGGUACUUGAAGGAUCCAGAACAUAUCUAACAUGCAAGCAAACCUGCCAAAUGCUACUUAAGUUUAUCUCUAACCUCUUUCUUGUGAAACUAACUAAAUGUACUAGUGAAUUAACUUGUACUUUUACUGCUGAAGAUGGAUGUAGUUGUUAAUUUUUGUAGUGGCAAAAAUUCAGUGUUGCCUUGAGUGGAAAGUUCUGAGAUUUGUUUGCUAAUUAGGUGAUACUAGUCUUAGUUUGUUGUCUGAAUUGGCGCUCUCUUCUGAUAGGCUUUUUCCAGUUUUUCUGUCU